UCUGAACGUUACGCUUCUUCUCUCUUUCUCUCUCCAAAAACCCCUUUUAAGAAAGGGAAAAUGGUGAAUAAAAAAUGCGCUCAAAAUUCAAGGUGGGCCUGUUGAAAUUUUCGUUUUCUAGAGAGAGAAAGGGAGAGAGAGAGAGAGAGAGACUGGUGUAUUUUAUAAUACUACUGUUCUUCAACACAGCACAUACGGUCGAAAAGUCAAAAAAAAAAAAGGAGAAGAGAGAGAUUGUAUUUAUCUUGAAGAAGCUUCACGGGUUAGGGUUUUUUCGAGCAGUUUUAUCGACUUCAGCUUCUGGGUUCAGCUCAGUUUCUGGAAAUUCCAGUGUUUUGGAGCUCCUUUUCUUCAUCAACGUCGUCUUGGGUUUGUGCGUUUUUGAAUUCCAUUUUGUUGGAGAUGAUGGUGAUUCAUGGGUAGUAGAGGAGUGAAAGUUGGUGCAAAUGAUGGUAACAAAGUUGUGAACGAGAUCAUGCCGAGCUACGUUCCUCCAAUAUCAGCUCCAAAUCCAAUUGGCACAGAAGGUAGCAGUAUCCGCUCUUCUCGAAUUUUAGAUUUUGGAACUCUUGAGCAAUCGCUUGGAUUUCGCAUAGAGGAUGCUGUUGACAUCACCAGAAAUUCUCUAUUCAAUCAAAUUAAAUCAAGCGGUCAGGCAUUGGGUAAUGAUGUCCAAUUUGGCGGGCUAAAUAAGUCACUCGGGCCCUCAGAUGUAAAAAUGUCAUCUUUUGUGGGGUCUCAGACGGUAUCAUUACCAAAAGAUUCGCAAACAAAAGUAGCAUCAGUAUCUGGCUGUAUUCGUGAGAACUGGGGCGAGUCCAGUAUGGCAGAUGCAAGCCCUAGGACUGACACGUCAACAGAUGACACGGAUGAGAAGAACCAAGGGCUUGAAAGGAAUCAAUUGGCUGUUGUUGCAGCUUCUGAUUCGAGUGACAAAUCAAAAGAAAAAGCAGGGGACCAAAAGACUCUACGCCGGCUUGCCCAAAAUCGUGAAGCUGCUAGGAAAAGCCGAUUACGGAAAAAAGCAUAUGUACAACAGCUUGAGAGUAGCCGGCUGAAACUAACCCAGCUGGAGCAAGAACUCCAGCGUGCCCGCCAACAGGGCAUAUUUAUUUCUAGCUCAGGAGACCAAUCACAUUCCAUGAGUGGAAAUGGUGCCUUGGCGUUUGAUGUGGAAUAUGCUCGUUGGCUAGAGGAGCACAAUAGGCAGAUUAAUGAGUUGAGGGCUGCAGUCAAUUCGCACGCUGGAGACACUGAGCUUCGUACAAUCGUUGACAAUGUUACAGCACAUUUUGAUGACAUAUUUAGGCUGAAGGGCAUUGCAGCAAAAGCUGAUGUUUUCCACAUUCUUUCCGGAAUGUGGAAGACACCAGCAGAACGGUGUUUCAUGUGGAUUGGUGGCUUCCGCUCAUCUGAGCUUCUGAAGCUACUCGUGAAUCAAUUGGAGCCCUUAACUGAGCAGCAGUUGGUGGGCAUCUGCAACUUGCAGCAAUCAUCGCAGCAAGCUGAAGACGCUCUGUCACAAGGAAUGGAGGCAUUGCAGCAAUCUCUGGCAGAAACCCUGGCGAGCGGCUCGCCUGGACCAUCAGGAUCAUCAGGGAAUGUAGCAAACUAUAUGGGUCAAAUGGCAAUGGCCAUGGGAAAGCUAGGAACUCUUGAGGGUUUCCUUCGCCAGGCUGAUAAUUUGCGCCAACAAACGCUACAACAAAUGCAUCGCAUAUUGACAACCCGACAAUCAGCCCGUGCCCUGCUUGCAAUAAAUGAUUAUUUCUCCCGUCUUCGAGCCCUUAGUUCUCUUUGGCUUGCCCGGCCACGGGAGUGAAAAGCACUCUUUUUCUUGCUUGUGAAGUUAUUUCGAAGACAGACUCUACCCCCUUACUGAAUGGUCACUAUAAUCCCGAAUCACACAACAAUCCAAGUAUAUGAUCAGAUGAUAUUGCAAUUGGUGUACCGUUGUGCGCAGUAAACAAGGUAAAUAGUUCUUGUGGCUUUCAGACAUGUUCACCUGGAUAUGUUGUAUUUCUUAGGUUUAAAAGAAUAGUACCAAUAAUCUGAUUGUGUUAGUUAUUUAAAUAGAACUGAGGGAGGAAAAUAGAUUAGUGUUGUAUUGUAGGUUACAGCUGUCAAUUUGUAUACCAGAAAUCAGACUCUUAUCAGAGUGAAAUGCUUGAAUAUUUCCUUGAGAAAAACGUGUAAAUAUUUUCUUUCUUAUCAAUGUUAUUGACCUACUGUUUUACAA